AUGUCUUGGAGGAAACCGAAAGUAAUUCAUUAGGAAAGUGGAAGUGGGUAUGAAAUAAGAGGAUUCACUGAACCCACAUUCAAAAGAGUUCCUCAUUGUCACAAUGAUGAUGAUAUUGAUGUAGACAUUCCAAAUGGGGACCUUGAAUUUGGUAAGAAAAUGUAUGGAUAAGCAUGUGCUGGUUGUCAUGAUUUAGGUACUCAUUCUUGUUUAUUUUUGAAAGACAGCGAUCUUGAUUAAGGACCAGCUUUGAGAAAUGCAUUUUUAAGAAGACUAGGAUCAAAUAAGAAAUUUUCGAAUUAUGGAUGGGAUUUAAGAGCAAGAAGAUUGUAUUGGACUAGGAAGUUAUUGUGGGAUUUCUUAUAAAACCCUGAGAAAAUGUUUUUAGAUACUAACAUGCAAUUCGAUGGAGUACAUCAUCUAUUAAUAUAUUUUUAGAUUCAAGACCCUAGAACUUUAGGUAGUAUAAUUGACUACAUGUAAUAUUUAACAGUGUAUACUUAUGAUCACCGAGGAUCAAAAAGACCCAUCUUUUGAAC